ACAGCUGCUAUAAAAGCGACUGUUGGCGGAGAAUUAACAGUUGCUGUGUUGGCGGAGACCCGUAGCCCGUCUAUUGUCAACGGAGCCGGACCGGUUGUGUCUUCUCUAGAACCUUCCUUUUCGUUUGUCUGUUCCUUUCUUUGUUGUUGUGCGGACUCUGACAAAUCACAAUCAUGCGUGAAUGCAUUUCUAUCCAUGUGGGCCAGGCUGGAGUUCAGAUUGGAAAUGCCUGCUGGGAGCUGUACUGCCUGGAGCAUGGUAUUCAACCUGAUGGGCAAAUGCCAAGUGACAAAACAAUUGGUGGAGGAGACGACUCUUUCAAUACGUUCUUUAGUGAGACGGGAGCUGGAAAACAUGUCCCAAGAGCAGUCUUUGUUGAUCUUGAAUCAGCUGUAAUAGAUGAGGUUCGAUCUGGAACUUACCGUCAGCUCUUCCACCCUGAGCAACUUAUUACGGGCAAGGAGGAUGCUGCUAACAACUAUGCUCGUGGGCACUACACAGUUGGAAAGGAAAUCAUAGACUUGGUGUUGGAAAGAGUGAGAAAAUUGGCUGAUCAGUGUACAGGUCUUCAGGGUUUCUUGAUCUUCCACAGCUUUGGUGGCGGUACAGGCUCAGGUUUCACUUCAUUACUCAUGGAGAGACUCUCUGUGGAUUAUGGCAAAAAAUCUAAAUUGGAGUUUGCUAUCUACCCCGCCCCUCAGGUGUCCACUGCUGUAGUAGAGCCAUACAACUCCAUCCUGACAACCCAUACAACACUGGAGCAUUCAGACUGUGCCUUUAUGGUUGAUAAUGAAGCAAUCUAUGAUAUAUGCAGACGGAAUCUAGACAUUGAGCGUCCGACUUACACCAACCUGAAUCGUCUGAUAGGCCAGAUUGUGUCUUCUAUUACAGCCUCUUUGCGUUUCGAUGGAGCACUCAAUGUGGAUUUGACAGAAUUCCAAACCAACCUGGUCCCAUAUCCCCGUAUUCACUUUCCUCUGGUUACUUACUCUCCUAUUAUUUCUGCUGAAAAGGCUUACCAUGAGCAGCUUUCUGUUUCAGAAAUAACAAAUGCUUGCUUUGAGCCAUCAAAUCAAAUGGUGAAAUGUGAUCCAAGACAUGGUAAAUACAUGGCAUGUUGCAUGUUGUACCGUGGAGAUGUGGUACCUAAAGAUGUGAAUGCGGCUAUCGCUGCUAUCAAGACAAAGCGCAGUAUCCAGUUUGUGGAUUGGUGUCCAACAGGUUUUAAGGUGGGAAUAAACUAUCAACCUCCUACUGUGGUCCCUGGGGGUGACUUGGCAAAGGUACAAAGAGCAGUUUGUAUGCUGAGUAAUACCACAGCUAUAGCAGAAGCCUGGGCACGUCUAGAUCACAAGUUUGACCUGAUGUAUGCAAAGCGUGCUUUUGUGCAUUGGUAUGUGGGAGAAGGCAUGGAAGAGGGAGAGUUCUCUGAGGCACGUGAGGAUCUGGCUGCCUUAGAGAAGGAUUAUGAAGAGGUUGGCACAGACUCUGUAGAGGGAGAGGAUGAUGGAGAAGAGUACUAGUGUCAAUGGCAGGAGCCCAUUUCAAAUGGUAUGUUCAUAUUCCUGUCCGGCUGCUUAAAAUAAAGGAUUUUACUGUUGGAACUAUG